AUGCCGCAUCCUCUCCCAUCGGUUUUCCAUCGUUUGAGAAGUUCAUACCUGAGUUUGAGCUUCCUUGCGGCUGCUCUCGGCACUAGUGCUCUUGUGCUACUUAUCCACGAAUUCCCCGGUGACACUCUCUCAUCAGGGCCUCUUGCGGCUUCUUUCCUAGCAAGCUCGGUUAUUGUCGCGUUUUUUACAGUUGCCAUCACUACCAUGCUAUCAUUUCAGUUUCGAGACUAUCAGACGCCUACCUCGGAAGACUUCGCUGUAGCAUGGGCACCCAUUGCAAUGGCUGAUUUCGCACUAGUCGAGUUCGUCAUCGGGCUCCUACUUUGGUUCAUUCCUCGGCACAGUUGGUGGUCUUUGCUGUUUGUUGGCGUGCAUCUAGGGGUCUUGAUUCUCAUCAUGGCAGAAAUCACGCUCUGGAUCAGGACUUCGAAAAAGAAUAUUGAACUUCAGGCCAGGAAUGAUGAUCAAAUAUAA